CCAAGCGUGUGCGCAUCUGUAGGUGCAGCAAACUUGAUUUGCAAGCAGCAUAAAUGAACGUUGACAGAGUCGGUGGUCUUUAAAAGCGCUUGCAGUGUUGAGCACAAAUCAUAUCUGUUCCAGCUAAAGACACACAAUGACAAGUCUCUCCUUCAUCUCACUUUUUCUCCUAACCUUCAUGGUGUCCACUGCCUCCGCUCAAGGUGGGAUUGGAAACUGCUGUCGCAAACUUGUAGACAAUCAAAUCCACCGAGACCGGCUGAAGGAAUACUACAUAGAAGAUUCAGCGUCUUGUCCUUUACAUGCAGUGGUGUUCACCACAAUGAGAGGCAACAGACUUUGCUCUGACCCUGUGAAGCUGUGGACACAGACCAGCAUGGCCUAUUUGGAUGGAAAGAAUUGGCAGAAACAACAUGUCACCCGAAACAAGCUGCACCACUGACUACACAUUCACCCAGAACGUUAGCACUGUUGAAACUAAAGAACCACAGACGUUGAAUGUCUUCCUAUAUCCUACCUUUCCUAAUGUUUGUGAACUAAUAAUGACCUCUAUUAUAUUUGCCUUUUUAUGUAUGAUUUUCUGUUAAAUAAUGUUUAUCUAAACUGUUGCAUGAAUGUAAAUAUGUAUAUAACUUUCACUGUAUUUUAUUACUAACUGACAUUGGCUAAUAAAAAUGGUCUGAAUGCAA